AUGGAGACUGCCCCCUGGACGGAGGAGUGGAGGCACGGGCCCUCCCCCUGCUGCCAGACCCCCAUCGGGUCCCCAGGCUCAGGCGGUCACCGCUGUGGCCCUGCAGGUGCCACCUUCGGCGACCACGGGGCUGAGCCCAAGUGUGAACCGGCUGUACCCUCCACUUCCUGGUUCCUGAUGGGGGCCUCUCACAGGUACAGUUCGCCUGGAGUCCCGACAGCUCCAGCGCCUCCAGGCCGUGCACCAGGAAGUCUCAGUGAGAGGGAGGCCUCUGAGAAGGUGGCAAUGAAGGGGACCACUUCACCCGUGGGCCUGUCCCUGACCUCCUCAAAUGUGGAAAGAGUGGGUCCAGAUACCAAAGAUAUCGUCCAGAUACCUGUAAUAUGCCAGAGAUAA